AUGCCCGCUUCCAUUUGUGACCCUGUAUCAAACGCAUUGCGUUUGUCUCUUACGGCUGAUGAAUCACAAACUUCAACAUUAUUGGAUAGCAGAUUAUAUUCAUCAGCCAAAAAUGUGCUUCUGUCGAAGAUAGAAUUUGAAGAAUCUGGUGAUUAUCAAAGCAACGUUCUUGAUGGACUUAAAUCAAAAUACGUGGUUAUUCGACCUAAAAAACCUGUCUUGGAGUCAAAAAUCUUUAAAAAGGAUGUCACUACAAGCGGACAGAGUAAUGAUCACACGAAAAAUGGAGAUGAUGGGCUACCAAGACCCAAGAAGAUUUUGUUUCCUGUGGAAAAAGUGCAAUUAGGCUGGCAAGGACCUUGGUCUGCAGGGUCAGGAAUGCAAAAUGUUGGCAACACAUGUUACCUUAACUCUACCCUUCAAGCACUCUUUCAUGUACCUGCUUUUGCCAACUGGCUAGUAUCAGAAUUAUCUCAUUCUGAAAAAUGUAAUCAACAAGAGGCAUGUGUCAUAUGUGGCAUGAGAGCAACAUUGAUGGCAACUCAAAAGAACGGUGGCUCUCCAAUUAAACCAUGGCAAGUCUACUCGAAGUUGAGACUCAUUUGUAGACACCUAACACCAGGACGGCAAGAAGAUGCCCAUGAGUUUUUAAGAUACCUUGUUGAAGCAAUGGAAAAGUGUUAUAUAUCCAAUUUUAUAAAUUCAGACAAGUUGGAUCAAUAUAGUAAAGAGACUACUCCAUUAAAUCAAAUCCUCGGAGGGUAUUUGAGAUCAACUGUACGUUGUCUUGCUUGCCACCACUUAUCUACUACAUACCAGCAUUUUCAGGAUCUUCUAGUGGAUAUCAGGAAACAUUCAACAUUAGAUGAAGCAUUGGAUUCAUUCUUCUCAAGAGAAAGAUUGGAAGAUCUGGGUUAUAAAUGUGAAGCAUGUAAUAAAAAGGUAUCAGCAACAAAACAAUUCUUUGUUGAAAGAGCUCCAAUGGUUCUAUGUAUUGCAUUGAAACGGUUCUCACUCGCUGGAGGGAAGUUAUCUAAACAUGUCCAAUUUAGAAAGAAAAUUACACUUUCCAAGUAUAUGUUUAACAAAAACACACAACAACCAUUGUCAUACAAGUUGGUAAGUCUCGUCACACAUUUGGGACCAUCCCAAAAUUGCGGCCAUUACACAGCCAUCGGGCAAGCUCCAAACAGUAAUUACUAUCAAUUUGAUGACAGUUGUGUUCGGUCCCUGCCAUUAUCUGCAGUGCUCGGCACUAAUGCCUAUAUUAUGUUCUUUGAAAAAGACAACUCAAUAGAAGACUUUAACGGACCUUCAACAUCAACCAAUUCCUUUUACGGAAGCCAAGCUUCGGAUAAUAUUCUGAAUAGAGAAAAAAGUCCACUUAAAUUGACCUUUUAUAAUAGAAAUGAUGAACGAAAACUAAUACCUACAAACAGUACAAACAAUAAUUCGAAACCUGAUGUCAAACCUAUAAUAUUAAAUUCAACACUUAGUCAAGCGACAGAUGCCAGCAGCUCAAACUCUGAGCCGUGGGUUGUCAAACAAAACGGUGAAGUGGAAAAAGUGACUGCGCCUAAAAUUCUCAAUGGAAUUGAAAAAACAAAUUUCAAAGUUGACGAUAAAAAAAUCAGUUUCAUUUUAAAGAAGCCAGAAGAUGUUCCUAAGUCUAAACUUGUCAAGACUGAGCCAGAGAGUGCAUUUAUCGGUCCGAAGCUGCCGGAGAAAGUUUUAAAUAAAUUUGUAAGGCAAAAGUCACCGUUAGAGAAGUUAGAAGAGCAGAUGAAUAAAGGCAGCACAUCCGGUUAUGUACAGAGGAAUGGCACCGGGUCAAAGUUAGUGCCGUACGAUUCAGAAUCCAGUAGUGAUGAAAGGAGUGAGAAGUUGACUGAUGAGAAGAAAAAAGAUGAAAGAAAACCUAAGCCUAGUAGAUGUCAGUCACCGCAGCACGUCAUAGUGACCACAAAAGGCAUGCAUCACGCUUGGACGGUGUCAAAUGAAAAUAGUGCACCCUUACUCAGUCCCAGCCUCAACGGAGACACAAACAAAAAGCUUAAAGACAAAGAAGACCGAGUGGGUGAAACACAAGAGAGUCCUAACACCAGUGUUAGCAGUAUGUCUCCUCUCAGCGAGCGAGAGCCUUCGCCCCCGCGAGCUGCCCCGGCGCCCGCUGCGCCUCAGCACUCGGGCUCUGCCCUCGAGACGGCCAGGCAUUUGCAGGGCCUUUCCCACAGGGGCUAUGGGGCACCCGUUUCUUCCUGGAAUGGCACUCAUAGUCAUUUAUCGAGACAGGUAUUCGAAGAAAGGCGUGAUGAAAGAAAGCGGGCUCUCAACGCCUCGGACGAAAUGGAUUGCGGUCGUUCCAAAAAAGUGAAAAAGUUCCAUCAUUACAACCGAUUCCAUAACCGGCACGAUUAUAAUCCAUUCCAGGAUAAACAAAACAAGAUGCAGUGGGGCCACAAUUUCAAAUACCGCAGUGAGCGACGGCCCGGACAACACUACAACAAACAUCAUAACAAGUAUAAGAGAUUCAAUAGAUUCAGCAAUGGCGCCCAUUACAGACGCCAUUGA